CUCCAAGUACGUCAUUGUCAUCAAUCUAAAUGACGUGUGUGUGUGUGUGUGUGUGUCAUAGUGGGAGGGAGAGGGUUGGGGUUGAAAACAUAAGUUGACGAGUGAACUAGUGACUAGGACUGCAGAGAGUACAAGAAGAGGAGACCAAAGUCUGCUCUGCAACACAAGACAGACAAACAGAAGCAUCUUUUCCAACUUCAGCAUUCAUCUCAACUGGCUGCAACAGAACUCUCCUAACAGAAACAAACCAGCAGGAUUUGAAACACUGCUCAGAGCUCAGGUGGAACUCAGCUGAACCUCCUGUGCAGCGCAAACCAGCCGGCUCCUUCCGUAAGUUUCAGGACGAGGGGGAAAAAAUGCUCUGGAGGUUGAGUCUUGCCAUGGCUGUGGUGUGUUUCGGUGGCAUGUGCGGCUGUGUGAAGGCUGAUAUGAUGAGCAGGCUGAUCAUGCCGAGGGACUACGGGGUGAAACUGUGCGGGAGAGAGUUCAUCAGAGCAGUCAUUUUCACCUGUGGCGGCUCCCGAUGGAAACGAUCCACAGAAGGGGACUUAGAUCCUUUCCAGUGGAGUUCCCUCAGUGACGUUACAGUGGAGCACAACCAGCAUGCCUGGCAACCUGGCGCAGAGCUCACAGCAGACACCCUCCCUCCUCUCCAUAUUCCCCCCUCUUACUCCCUGGCAGACCUCCUUGCUCUUUACGGGGCCGCAGAAGACAUGCAGCAACAGCUGAGUGACUCGCUGGAGAAGUCUCAGCCAUCCACGGUUUUGGAAGAGCGAGACGGGGACCCAGCGGCAGCCAACUGGCCCAUUUCGAGCAAGAAGAAGAGGAACUUUUCUCUGGGUGUGGCAGGGAAGUGUUGUAGCCAGGGGUGUACUAAAAAUGAUAUCGGACGCUUGUGCUGAGGCAGGGAGGAGAGGAGGGGUGAUGGCAGAGGGGUUGUGACAUGAAGAUGGUGUGAUGAGCUGUAAUGGACAGUGUCCAGUUGUGGAAAGAUGUGUAGGAGGUAAAAUAUGGAGUCUCUUGUCUUAUUGCACAGAAUAUACAAAACAGUAAAGACCAACUGAAUUACAAAGACUCAUCACAUCACGCCAACUUCAUGUCUCUCCGUCUCCUUUAUUCUCCUUGCUUGUUUGAUAUUUUGUUUUAAAAAGAAAACCAUGCUCUCUGUAUGUACCGUUAUGUCACCCUGUCAGCAUCAUUGAGAAUAAAUUUUAAAUA